AUAUUCUUCAAAUUAUUCAUGCCAAAGCCAUUUAAAAACAGUGCAAGAGAGAUUGUGUUGAAGGUUCGUGCCUUUUGUGAGAGAGAAAAGGCAAAUCAAGCCCCGUUAAUUAGACUCGAUCAAGUGCGAGCACGAGUCGCCGCUAUGACAGGCAUGUCUGAGAAAACCGUGAGUAGAAUAACUAAAGAAGGUGAAGUUGCUGCCUCUACGUCUCAAAAACUCAAGUCUCGAGUAGCUAGCAAUAAUGUCAGCCAAGAAGCUGGUAAUAUCGUGAAGUUAACUGAAGAAGCUUUUUCAUCGAUAACUCCUCAGGAUUGGCAAAAACAGUGUGAACACAUAAACCAUUUAGAAGACAAAUUUUAUGAACGCGAUGGCUGCAUGGAUAAUAUUACGGAUAAAUUCAUAAUUGAACUAGGAAACGACAGCAGCACAGAUUCGGAUACGUCAAACGACGCUUAUGCAAGUGACAGUCUGGAAUCGUUUCUUUCGACCAUAAUUACUGUCAGUAAAAAUGAAAUAAAUAAAUAAUUUAAAAUUUAAAUUGUGUCAUAAUUUACAACCUUCCUAGUCUUUUAGCUAUAUAUUAUCUAGACAUAUAAUAAAAAUAAGCCAGGUCGAUAUCUGUGCUUUGAAGAUAUUGAAGAAAAACUAAUA